AUGUCCAUGUUCAGACCAGCUGGGGAGAUAUCCUCAUCCGAGUCGGAAUCGGAAUCGGGAUCGGAAUCUAGCAAUGGAGUGGAAGCUGAGCCUAGUGGAUCGUCUCAACGAUCGAAGCCAGACUCAAGCGAAUUAGACGCGUCGAAAUCAGUUGAAGAUGUGUCUGCACUAUCUCAAGACGCCCAGAGUGCCAAUAUUGAACAGCAUGCGAAUGUACUGACAGCUGCAUUGCUGGAGUUUUACUGCCAGAGUCGAGCUGCCGAUAUUCUAAAUGCUAAACCCGACUCCCGCCGAGAUUUUACUCGUCACAGCCCCGAAGCCCAGUACUUGGGGAAAAAGCUGUACAAAUUCAAGUCGCAAUUUUUGGCGUCGCAUGGUUUAAUGCCAGAGGGCAUUGAAAAAGAAGAGUUAGAGGCCACAAGACAAGGUUACCGGGACAAUCUCGACAUUCUCGGUAUUUCAGCCCUUGACAGCCUCGAUUUGAACUCGCCUUUACCGUCACCAAUUGAGGGUGUUGAUGAGCUGGCCUUGAUUUCAAGGCCAUUACUAAAUCGCCAAGAGACUGGCGGAAAUACAAGUCGGUUUUGGAGAAGAGAGGGGGAAAAUGCGCAACUGCCGAUCAUCGACCACGUCGAUAUCCUUGGAGGUGUUCCUAGCAUCCCAAGAAACCCAUCAAAUUCUGCGAUACCUCUUUUUGGAAGCUCACCAGUCAGCGUCCCGUUAUUCAAUGGACCAGCUGGAGCGUCAUAUAAUCAAAUGUCACGCUAUUCAGUUGAAUUCAGUGAAAUGAAGAUUUUGGGCCGCGGGUCGUUUGGCGAAGUUUAUCAAGUCAAAAAUCAUAUUGAUGGCCAGGAGUACGCCGUCAAGAAAAUUCCACUCAGUCAACGAAGACUUGAGCAGCUUCAGUAUGGAGGUCAGAAUCAAUUGGAGACUAUCAUGAAAGAGAUUCGAACCCUCGCGCGCCUCGAGCAUACAAAUAUCGUUCGAUACUUUGGUGCUUGGGUCGAACAGGCACAUGUAUCGAGCCAUGUCCCACUCAAAAAAAAUCCUCAGCCAAGAUACGAGCAGUCAGACAUUCAUCAGCCCAGUUUUGGUGAGACUAAUGAACCUAGCAUGGGCAUCGUGUUUGAACACUCUGAGAGUUCCACCAUGGAGUCACACAUGAGCUCCCUGCCCGAAGAGCAUGGCUUCAACGACAGAAUAGAACGGUCAGACAGCCAUACAACAUCGUCGUCCCGCCGGACAAGAAAAGGCUCCACGGUCGAGUUGGAAGAUGAUGACGACAUUGAGUCUAUACCUCGCAACUUCAACAAUCCUUCCUACGGGCAGACGUCUUCCUUUGGGGAGACUGACGAUAUCUUCACAGAUGGCUUAAGUCAAGAUCACUCGAAGAUGCUGCAAAGGCGCCAUGGACACGGUCAUCAACCACCAGCUGUCAUUCUUCACAUUCAAAUGUCUCUCCACCCUAUCUCUCUGAAUGCUUACCUCAACCCUCAAGCGCCGGAAAAGAGCGAUUACAAGGCAGGGUCUCCUUCCAGGCGCCACUGCUUUCACUUAAUGCCGUCUUUACGCUUGAUCUUGGACAUUGUCUCCGGAGUCGAAUAUCUCCACUCAAAGGGAAUUGUACACCGUGAUUUAAAGCCGGCCAACAUUUUCCUUUGUGCACCUGAGAGCUAUGCCGUAGAGAGCUGCACAUCAUGUUGCUCUGGUGGUGACUCUCCAAUCCACUACUGCCGUCCUCGAAUCGGAGAUUUCGGCCUCGUCGCAGACGUUUCUCAUCUGAAUGAAAAUUCACCAGAUGGGUCGCCGAGUGGUGCAAUGACUCCCUUCCACGAGGGCCCCAAGAUCCAGCGCGUUGUAGGGACUGAGUUCUACCGACCCCCUACUUCCAACACCAGUCCAUCAGAUUCACAAUCCGGGUAUUUUGAUGAGUAUAGGAUUGAUGAGAAACUGGAUGUUUAUGCACUUGGGGUCAUUCUAUUUGAAUUGAUCUACCAGAUAAACACCAAGAUGCAGCGACAGCUAGUCUUGUACGAUUUGACCCGUGGUUCGGCAUCUCUACCCGAAGACUUUGCGUGCAAGGUCGAUCACGGUAAGGCAAAGUUGGAUACCGGAGAGUCUGUGGCUGAUUCUUUGGUCACUUGUAUCAAAAGCAUGUUGACACCACGCUCAGAGCUACGCUGGACUUGUCAGGACGUAAAGGAACACUUACGACGAAUCUACAAAUCCGUCAAGAAGCUCUGA